ACGGAAGCCGGGCUGCGCUGUGACGAGUCGUAACCAGGAAGUACAUUUACGAGGCGGCACAACAGUAGGCGUAACACAUUUUAUUUCCCCCCAACCGUACUUUUCCACGCUAGCGUGUUGACAUUGAUGGCAUGUAAAAGCUGCCGGAACAAACUACUUCUCUGGGACUCGGACGCACACAUAGCUGAGGAACAAUGGGCGUCGAGAAGGUAAGCGUGGCGUUCAAACUGUACUGCCUGACGGUGAUGACGGUGGUGGCCGCCACAUACACGGUGGCUAUGCGGUACACGCGGACCGUCUCAUCCGGUGACCUGUACUUCUCCACCACGGCCGUGUGCAUCGCCGAGGUCUUCAAGUUACUACUCAGCACUGGGAUGCUGGCAAAAGAAUCAGGAAGCCUGACGAAGCUGGUGAGCACCAUCAAGGAGCAUGUGUUCUGCAACCCCAGAGAGCUGCUGAAACUGAGCGUACCCUCGAUAGUGUACGCCAUCCAGAACAACAUGGCCUUCCUGGCGUUGAGUAACCUGGAUGCUGCAAUUUAUCAGGUGACGUAUCAGCUGAAGAUCCCGUGCACGGCGCUCUGCAUGGUCCUAAUGCUGAGGCGCACUCUCAGCAGGUUGCAGUGGUUCGCCAUCGCCAUGCUCUGUGGAGGCGUCACGCUGGUGCAAUGGAAGCCUGCAGACGCCACUAAAGUCCCGGUUGAGCAAAACCCUUUUGUUGGCUUCAUGGCCAUCGCUAUUGCGGUCCUUUGCUCUGGGUUUGCAGGUGUGUACUUCGAGAAGGUCCUGAAGAGCUCCGACACAUCCUUGUGGGUGAGAAACAUCCAGAUGUACAUAUCUGGCAUCGUGAUCACCAUGCUGGCCGUGCUACUGAACGACGGCCAGAAGGUCGUGGAGAAAGGCUUCUUCUUCGGUUACACGCCCUAUGUGUGCUUUGUUGUAUUCCUGGCCAGCGUAGGAGGUCUGUACACGUCUGUCGUGGUGAAAUACACCGACAACAUCAUGAAGGGCUUCUCUGCCGCCGCCGCCAUCGUUCUGUCCACCGUGGCGUCAGUCGUCUUGUUUGAACUGCACAUAACGAGCACAUUUGCAUCGGGAGCCAUCUUGGUGUGCGUGUCCAUCUAUCUGUACGGCCUUCCAAAGCAGGACACGUCCAAGCUGAGUGUGAAGGACAGCGACCAGGAGUCCAAACAGAAACUAAUUAGUGUGUGAGACCCUGAUCCAGCGAGGAGGAUGAAGGAUCCAAGCCUCCUUCCUGCAGCUGCUGCACCACCUCCUGCACCCUUUCCUGGUGAAAAGACUCCCCGGAAUACACGUCAAAGUCCACCCCUAAACGCUGCCAAACAAGCGCAGAACGUUGAUAUGAAGUCCGUAUUUUAGCAGUUCCAUUUUUAUGCUACCUUGUAAACGUGCCGAUACUCGCUCACUGUGAUGUCCCUGAACUGUUGCCAUAGCGACACGGCCCCACUUUCAUGGCGUUCCAGCUGUCGAAAGAAGUCUCCGGCCGCCAGCCUCGUGUCCUCGUUGUGUUCUGCUUCCUGGUUCACCUUGACAUAAACCUGAAGAAACACCAUCAUGUGAAACUUCAUAGGGAUGAUGAUGAUAACCAUAGAAAAAGAUAUGAAAUUGACUGUGAUCAAUUAAAUAUGUUUCUUUAUGGGUCAAUUGGGUCAUGAAAUCAUGUUUUCUAUUGUGACUGUAGCUUGCAGUUGUGUUCGACCGUUUUGGCUGUCAUGUGAUCAAAGUAGGUCACAGGUGUGCAUGAUGCAAAUUCACCUCAAACAAAUGUUGUAAAGGGUUUUGUUUCAACUGCUCCUGACUGCCAAACUGCCUGAAACCAACUCCAAGCAGACCUGAAAUUAGGAAAAAAGCAACUAUAUGUAUAU